AUGCCAUCAACUCAUAACCGUGACAAGCCCUGGGAUACUCCUGACAUCGAUAAAUGGAAGCUUGAAGAAUUCAAGCCCGAAGAUAAUAUCUCUGGGCAAUCCUUUACUGAGGAAUCUUCCUUCAUGACAUUGUUCCCCAAGUAUAGAGAACAGUACUUGAAAAGUAUAUGGAGUGAUGUGACGCGAGCACUAGACAAGCAUUUCCUUGCAUGUCAACUUGAUUUGGUAGAAGGUUCUAUGACAGUGAAGACCACUAGAAAGACAUUCGACCCAGCCAUGAUCUUAAAGGCAAGAGACUUGAUCAAGUUGCUCGCUAGAUCUGUCCCAUUCCCUCAAGCAGUUAAAAUUUUACAGGAUGACGUCGCCUGUGAUGUAAUCAAGAUUGGUAACUUUGUUACUAAUAAGGACAGGUUUGUAAAGAGAAGACAAAGAUUGGUUGGACCAAAUGGUAACACAUUGAAGGCAUUGGAAUUGUUGACCAAGUGCUACAUCUUGGUACAAGGAAACACCGUUAGUGCUAUGGGACCUUUCAAGGGACUCAAGGAAGUUAGAAGAGUGGUUGAAGAUUGUAUGAGAAAUAUCCACCCUAUAUAUUACAUAAAAGAGUUAAUGAUCAAGCAAGAAUUGGCCAAGAAUCCAGAAUUGGCUGAAGAAGAUUGGUCUAGGUUCUUACCAAUGUUCAAGAAGAGAAAUGUUGCACGUAAGAAGCCUAAGCUGGACAAGAAGAAGGAGAAGAAGGUGUACACUCCAUUCCCACCUCUGCAAUUGCCACGUAAAGUUGAUCUUCAAAUUGAGAGUGGUGAGUAUUUCUUGGGUAAGAAGCAAAAGGAGGGUAAGAAGUUGGAUGAAAAGCGUGAGAAGCAAGAGGAAACCACCGCCGCUAGAAAGGUCGAGAGAGAAAAGGACUUUGAAGCUCCAGAGGAAGAAGUGUAUGAGAAUAAGUUGAAGAAGGAUAAGAAGGACAAGAAGGAAAAGAAAGAAAAGAAGAGAUCACGUGACGAAGAUGGCGAAGGUGCAGGAAAGAAAGACAAGAAGAAGAGCAAGAGGAGCAAGAAAGAAGAAGAUGAAGAUGACCAUUGA